UCGAACACAACCACUAGGCCAAUAUGGCCGACGGACUGUCAAUCGGGUGACAUUUCACUCAAUUUUCGUCUGCGAAAGGAUGCUCGCGAACUGCUGACAUCCACGAGUAGAACAAGUUCCGCGACCACGUACGUACGAGCACGAAUAGCUGUACCGAUCAGCCCGCUACGUCCAUCGACACCACGAGUAUCGCUGUAGUGAAAAUUAGUCGGAGGAGUGGCGACGUAACGACUGACUUUGGUAUACUGGUACAGUGUCACGCAAAAGUUAACGUUCAUCGAUGACCGGUACAAUCUGUAACAAAAAAUAGUUCGUUGCUUUGCAAUGAUAACGGUGCCAAAGAGCAGGUGUGAUUGGAACGAACCUGGGUGCCAGCUGAAAUGGGAAACUCUGGUUUGAAACAACAUUACGAGACCGCGAAAAAGACCGGUACGUUAAAUUUGUCGCAGGGAAAACUCGACGAAUUCCCGCAAAUACUACGUGACUUGGCACCGCAAUUACGUACAUUAGACCUGUCCAAAAACAAAUUUAUUCAGAUUCCUAACGAUAUUGGUAACUUUACAUUGCUAAAGCAACUGAAUAUCAGUCAUAAUAAAUUGACUGCAUUGCCCGAAGUUCUCGGAACAUUGACAAAAUUAGAAGGUUUAAAUGCAGCCUCGAAUCAGAUCAAAAGUAUUCCAUGGUCUUUGGCGAAAUUAACACAUUUAAAACAGGUCAACUUGUCUGACAAUCAGAUUACCGAAUUCCCUAUAAUGUUUCGUGAUUUAAAGUUCUUGGACAUGCUGGACUUAUCUCAAAAUCGAAUUACAACGAUUCCCGACGCUGUCGCGGCAUUGCAUGUGGUCGAACUUAACCUCAAUCAGAAUCAUAUAUCGGCAAUUUCUGAGAAAUUGGCGGAAUGCUCGCGUUUAAAAACGUUAAGGCUGGAAGAGAAUUGUUUGCAGUUACACGCAAUACCUAUUAAAAUUUUAAAAGAGUCGAAUGUUUCGGUACUAUCUCUCGAAGGGAAUUUGUUUGAGAUAAAACAAUUUGCCGAUCUUGAUGGUUAUGACGACUACAUGGAAAGGUACACUGCAGUCAAGAAAAAAAUGUUUUAAGAACACUAUCACCUUAAACACUUUUGUGAUGUAUGGAUUAUCCCGCGUGUAGUAUGUAAAUUAUGCGACAUGUUAUGUAAUAAUAGUUAUGUGAUUGUUUUAUAACUUUGUAAAGAUAUCGUAUCAUGUACGCGCAAUUAUUGCAUUCAAUACUUGUGAUAAUGUAAUUGUACAAAUAAAAUAUCUCGAUUAAUUGCGAUAAUAAAUCGAGGUAGGUAUUCAUAUUUUUCAUAAACGUAUGAACAUUUAUUACGAAAAUCGUUUUAAUACGAAACGUAUUUACGCUGUAAUACUUUACUCGGUAAACAGUAUCGAGAUUGUAUUAACCAUUAGUCUAAUAUAGCUUUCCGUACUAGACUAUACUGUAUAGUUUUUGUUGCGCGGUCGCGAAACAGUACCCUACUUUGUAUUCGGUAUUUGCGUAUAUAUUUCAUCAACGAUAUUUCUACACAGAGUUUAUACAACGUCAUAAUGUUGUCGGAUGACACGCAUGAAUCAUGGUAUUUUACAGUGUACCCUAGAUUGUAAAUACUAGGACUCAUCCGUAUGCUACUAGAGUAAUCAUCCGGCUCCCCUUUCCCUCUAAUUACAAACCGAUAAAUAAGGACCAAACCCCGAAAAAGGACCUUUUUGUACCCAGUCGAAAUUGUAAGCCCUUCGAUAUACACAAGCAAAGUGAAUUAAUAAAUAAUUUUACGAACAAUUUUUUUCAUAUUUGUCGCACAAAAUGCAAUUGUAUGUACGAAUUUUAUGUCUCAAAUCGUUGAGACUUAUCAUCUAUCCUGUACACCUACAAAUCAUGUUUUGAUCGAUUUCGAAACUAUUAUGACAAUUUAUUAUAAUUGAACAACGUUAUUGUAAUCACACUUCUGAAAUUAAACUCUAUAAAAAUAAA